GCGACCACGUCGCCGCCCCCAUUCUGCGCCGCCGUCACCGACAACUCCCCCGCCUCGUCGCUCCCCCUACUUUCACUAGCCCUGAUACCCGAAUCUUGAUACCUCUACUUAGUCUCUGAUACCUUUAGUACCUCGAACACCGCCGUAACAUGUCGUCGCCAUUGGACUUUCUGAAGGAGUUCUUCGAGGGGAACAUCGACUUUGUGGGACAGCAUUAUGCUGAGGAGGCUGCGCGGUCGAUAUUGAUAGCGGGGACGGUUCUGUCCUUCUUUGCGGGAUACUUCUCGCAAUCGAUGAAGGUCACCUUCAGCGCACUCGGCUCCUUUGUGAUCUUGGCAGCAGUGAACUGGCACUGGUGGUUGGCGACGUUUGGGCAUGCCACUGUCAACUCUGGAGGGCGGGUGUCCGGUUCAACCUCUUCCUCUCAGAUUACGUGCUCCAUUAGGAACCCGGCUUCCAUGUUCAUGCCCAAGUCGAUGUCGAAUCUGACCGCGACAGGCCCGCCUAAGAUGAAACACUGGCUAUUCGUGAACACUCAGCGUGUCGAGUGGUUGACGCAGCCCUUCCCUGAGCCUCAGCCGCUCAGGUCCUCCUUAACGGAUUCAUCGCUUGAGACGCUGCUGAACAUAUUCGGCCAUUGCAGUCCCGCGGACCUCGUCGCCGUACGUGGGGUUUGCAAGCUAUUCAAGAAGAUCCUGGACGAUAAGCCAUACACCUGGAACCUGGCGCGCAAGGGCGUAUGCAACAUGCCUCCGCCACCGGAGGGCAAGACGGAGUGGGCGUGGGCGAAUCGCAUUUGCACGGGCCUGCUGGACUCGAAGAUCGACGCCAAGGAGCUGUGGUCCGAGUACAAGCCAGCGUAUAAGGCCCACAAGAGGGCUCUGAAUGACCGACUUCAGGAGUUGCUUCAAGCGCUGGAGCCCUUAGACCGCGUGGGCGCAGAAAGAUGCCGGCUUUUCGAGCAUCUCCGGUCUCCGCGCUUCCGUCACAUGUUCAACUCAUUCCUUCGGGACCUCAAGCUCGUUGACUCGCGUACGCUUUCCUACGAACUACCCUUUAUCAGACGCGAACUCGGUCAGAUUGCGACCUGUGACUAUCGCCAGGUGCCCGACGGAUUUCACUUUGAGAUGUACGAUCGCAUCAUGUGCCCGCUUUGUCACCCAAACCCCGCAGCCACUCGCGAACACCUCUUGGCCUAUGGCUCGCUGCGUCUCCGGUUCUUGGAGAUCACCGUGCAGGCGGACGAUUUGCAGGACCACUACCGAGAGUUCCAUGCCAAAGCUCCUGUUCCUCACCUCGGGAUCUUCACGCGUUGCAGCCAUUGUGACGCCCUCCCGCCGAAACCCAACGCGCCGUUCCUUCGGCAGACUGUCUUCACCGCGAAGCGCUUGCGCGACCAUGACAAGGCCGUGCAUGUCGUAGUCAACCCGGGUAGGCACAUGGUUUGGCAUGCAACUCUCUCCGAGGCCGACGCUGCUGGGCCUUGAUUCCCGCUUCCCUCUCGCUGCUGGCCCUUCACUCUGCGAGGGUGACGUCCGCUCUCCAAGGGCGAACGAGUAGCUCUACCUCUUUUCCUUCGGACUCCCAGCCCUGCAUUACGCGUGUAAAGAUCGAUUGCGCCUUUUCCGUACUUCGCUUCGGCUCUCGAUCAUCUCUCGACUCCUUAUAUAUGUCUCGUCUUCGUCGUAUCUCUGGCCUUUGUUUGUAUCUCGGCUCUCUCGAUACCGCCCCCGAUCCUCUAGAUGCCGUCUCCAUAGUUAUCGUACCUAUCCUACUGUCGUAUGGUGCGCUUCCGCGUUGUGAAGACGCAGCCGUGUUC